GAGUGCAGGACCAUAGCAGCUUGUUAGCUCACUGCGGCUGUGGUAAAUCUAGUGAUCUGUCAGCUAGCUGCGGCUACUAGCAGCUGCCAAAAGUGAGCUCUCCGCACGACAAGAGUCAAAACUUGGGAGACUUUAAGACGUUUUCUCUGUCUACUGCUGGGAUAUAUAUUACUUUCAAAUCAGCGAUGGAUGUGUUUACAUCAUGGUGUUGCACAUGCUGGUGCCGAGGUAGGGAAGGCUAGCUAGCAUCAGCUAAGUUAGCUGGUCGGUGUGGACUAUACUGCGGGGAGAGAAGAGCCCGGGCCCGCCUCAGACUAAAGUACCGGCAGCAGCUGCUCAACUAGAAGUUUGUCAAGGGCCUUUUUACUACUCCGCUGCCUGGACACGAGAGAGGCCGAGCGGCUGUCAGAGAGAAGCCACAGGAGGAGAGCAACAGUCUCCCCUGCGCUCCGUGAACGGAGACCGGGGACGAAGCUGGAGUCCCGGGGACAGUCUCGCCUUGGUUGUGACACUUUUUUUGGGCAAGAGAGAGAGGAAGAGGAACGACAUGGAAAUGAACUAUGACGGUACGUGUCUGAGUCACAUCCCUCAGCUGUGAAUUACUUCGCAAGAUAUAAAUCCUGCGCUAAGUUGUAUGAGGGAGCAGACGGACUUGACGCAGAUAGCCAACAUGUCGAAAAUGCCAGCAAAGAAGAAAAGUUGUUUCCAGAUCACGAGUGUGACGCAGGCUCAGGUGGCGGCCAGCAGCAUCACCGAUGACACCGAGAGCCUGGACGACCCGGACGAGUCCCAUACAGAGGACGUGUCAUCUGAAAUAUUUGACGUUUCCCGGACCGACUUGGGUGUGUGUGACAUGAGCUCAUCCGAGGAAACCUUAAACAACGUCGCGGAGACUCAGGAGGGCCAGCCUCCCACCACAGGACCUGUGAACGGGGCACCCUCUCAUAAAAGUUCAGCAACUGGUCGUGUCACCCCACAAAAUGUAGGAGGCAGUGUACCGACAUCAGCCACCCAUCCACUGACACACAUCAACACGGUCCCUGCUGUCUCCACCAGCGUGGCUCCCGCAGCUCCUGUGAGCGCCAGCUGUAGUUCACGAUUCAGAGUCAUUAAACUUGACCACGGUUCUGGGGAGCCCUUCAGGCGGGGCAGGUGGACAUGCACUGAGUUCUAUGAGAGAGAUUCAGAUUCAAAUGUUAAUCGGACUGUGGAUAGCAUUAGGCCAACUUUAACUCUAGAUCACAGUAUAGACAGGGACAGCGGGCAUGGGACCACAAAUAACUCUGUGGUUACUAGCAGUUCUUUUACUGCACAGCCUUUAGAGAAUAACGUGGAUAGUAGCUCCUCUCUUGGGCAACCUGCCCACCUCACCCACCCUCAUCCAUCAGAUCUUCAGCAGCAUGGCUACAGUUUUGCUCCCCCGAUUGGCAAUGGAGCAAGUGCCUUCCAGCCCACAGGAUACACAACUGCAGCAUCACCACAAUCACAACAGGCUCAAGCCAAUAUGCAGUCUGUUGCUCACCAAAACGUCCCCUCUAACGGCCACAAUGGUGUGCACCAAGGUGCCAUGCAGCAGAAAUCUCCUAUUUUGUCUACUGCUACGCAGCCCCAACAGUUUGCCUUUUCUACUCAUCCCACUGGCCUCGCAGUUGGUCAGCUGGACUAUCGUCAGCAGCACUUUGGCUCAAGCACUCAGAACCUUCCAAUCACAAACCUCCCUUUGGUGCCGCUAACCAGCCAGAUAGCCUCAUCUCUGAGCAAUGCAGCAGCCAUGGCCUCAAUCUAUCUAGGAAGUCUGCCUGUCAGCCAGACCCAGCCCUCAGGAGGCAUAGGUAAUGCCCCUGCACCUUCCAUCACCACCCCUACUACAUCCCACAACGGUUCUAAGAAUGUGCCUUCCACAGUGCCCAGUACUACCAACAUCCCUCAGGGUGUACCAAGUCAGGCGCCUGGCAUGGGAGGACUUGCACAGCCCCUUGGAGGAGCCACAACAGGCCUCCUCUCCAGCUUUAUCAACCAGGCAGAAGAUAGUAGGCAGAAGUCUGAGGCCCCACCUCAGCCUUUUGCUGUUCUGAUGCCAGGAAAAGAUGGUGUAAAGCCUUUCAUCAGCGAUGCCCUCAAUCUGCCCACUCCUGCCGUCAACAGUCUGUUUGGCAUCCAUAUUACUAUGGAUGGUAAUGUGGAUGAGGACAGGAACCCAUCUACUGCUUUCUACCGGGCUUUCCGGCCUUGCAGAUUACGAGGGUCAAAGCCUGUCCAUUAUAGUGCUUCUGGUGCCAGCGUCGUUGCCAUCGAUAACAAGAUUGAGCAGGCAAUGGACUUGGUAAAGAGCCACCUAAUGUAUGCUGUUCGCGAGGAGGUGGAGGUUUUGAAGGAGCAGAUCAAAGAGCUGUAUGAGAGGAACUCAAUGUUGGAGCGCGAGAACGCCGUGCUGAAGUCACUGGCCAACUCAGAGCAGCUGAAUCAGCUCUCCAGUCAGACCAGUCCGAGCAGCAGCAGCAGCAGCACAUUGCCAACGCUCCAAAAUCAACCCCCGCUCAUCACAAACAACAAUAACAACAACAGCCCCUUAGUUCACCACGAUAGCAGUCAGAAUGUCCCUCAUCAGCCCAACAUCUCCUCAGCGUGAGCCCCUACCUUCAGUAUAUGCGUUCAAAAACACACAGCUCCCAUGGUCAGGAGUGGAAGAUCCUGUUUGACAAAGACAACACCUACUACCAUCCUGUUAGCUCCAUUAAGCAAAAUGGCUCGGCUCUGUACAUUUUGUUCCCUUUUGAGGGACAAUCGACAACAACAACAUUUUUCUUUUUCACAGAGAGCCGUGCCUCAGUGUGUGCACGCUGCAGGCCUUCACGUUAUUAAGACAUAUAUACCAACCACUGAAAAGUCUUAUUCUGGUCCCGUGUGUGGCUGCAGGAAAGGGGUAGAGGUGUUGGUCCUUACCAUAUAACUGCAUGCUGUUAUUGUGCAGGUGACGGGGGUAAAAGGGCACAGAGGGCUUGAUUUGCUCGGGCAACAAGUGAUGGAAGAGGACGACGCCUCUGUGAAGGAACAGAGUGAUGAAGUGGGUCCUGUAAAACAUCCAGCAGGUGCUGUCCUCCCACUGUCUCACCUCCCAUCACUCCAGGGUUGGAAGCCAGUGGACUGAGGAAGACAUGGGAGGAUUCGUCCUCUCUGAGCAGACGAGAGCGCUACGUCGGCUUGAGUAGAGCGAGUCAAGAACCUCGGCUUGUUAAAUGCUGCAAACAGAGCUUAUGUUGUUUUUCUCAGAGCCACCAUACUUUGUCAUGAAUCGUAAUACUUUUUAAUUAGUUCAGUUUUAGUAUUUGCAUUUAUUUAUUUCAGGGCUGCUAUUUUCAUAAUGUAAAUGAACAAUGUCAUUGAGAUACUUAUUAAAGCAAAAAUAAGAGAAAAACAUCUCUUUUGUCCUUUGGUAUUUUAGAAUGUGGUUUCAGUUAUUAAAUUUGGUCACAACAAGUAGGCAAUAAGUUCCACAUUACAAAAUGAUUCUUGUCACAAGAUAGUGCUAACACUAAGGCUGAGCUUGCUUUAGGUGAUAUCCAGGUUGAAUGUAUAUUUUGUAAAGUAUUACACGUGAGGAGGGUUUGUACAGGUGAACAACAUUUAAGAUAUGAAAUAUGUGAUGGGAUGUUUCGAUAAAGAAACAAAUAAUUUACUUUUUCUAUGGACUGUCAAAACAAACGAAAAACAAAACAAAUGAAUUUGUGGGUGUGGUUAAGGGGAUGAAAAGCUGUGAAAAUGGUUCAACCUACUUUAUAACCAAAGACGCAAAGCUGUGUACGAUUAUUUCCCCCUCCCCGUUUUUAAAUGCACAUUUUCGUAUUAUUUUCUACUCUUUCUCCAUCCUAUAUUUUUGCUGUUUUGCAUGUUCUGCAUGAUCUAUAAUCAGACCACUGUCUUACCUCAUGUUGUUAUCCAGCCCUCUUAUUUUUCCGUCAAGCUGUCAGUCUGUGAAUGUUUGUAAGGAUUUAUGAAAGAGAAAGGGAACACUGGGCGGAAGGUGGUGUAAGUGGUCUAAGGGUCAGAUUUAAGAAUGAUAGAAAAGCUGUUGGGAGUGGCCUUGUGCACAGAAUAUUGUCGAGAAAAGGAGCCAUCUUUUUCAAAUGCAGAGAUGGUUGUAUUCCAUAGCUCAUUUUAAUGUAAAUUUAACGAAUGCAGCAUUCAGAUUUUUAUUGUGGCGUACAACACUUUGCUUGCAAAGACGAAGAACAACGGAAACUAUGAAACAUUUUCACACUUUAAAGCUGGAACCCAGUCGAUUGUGUAUGAGCAUAUUAUGGGAUGUCGCGUCUAUGUCACGUCUUUGUGCCUCCUUUGCCGUCGUCUGCUGUCGUCAGGCGAUCCGGUUUCUUUCUCUGUGGCUUAGAACCAAACCAAAAUGCUUGGUAAUUGUACACUCAGUCACUUUUUGAAAUGAUGGACUCUGUGAUUUCUUUGUUUUCCAAAUGGGCUUAAUUCCUGUCUCUUUGUUUUUAUUUUCUUUUGUUUUGAAGGAGAUGCCAUGUACAUGCCAAGUGUACUGUAUGAAAGUGAUCACUGAGCCUAGGAGAAAAUAUCUUAAUGCCCCUGUAAUGUGCUGUUCAGACAAUUUUAGUUUUCAGUCAGAAAUAAAUUACUGUUUCAUUAA